CAGGCUGCGCUGUAGCUGGCUGUAGCUGCGCGAACCACCUUGUUUAUCGUUGGCCCGAACAGCGAAAAUCGAAGAGGCUGAAACAAGUCGAAUCACGUGCUCGAGAUGCGUCAUCGCUCUAGGAAGGUGAACCGGGCGCCUCAGUAGUAAUUUCGCCAUUUCGCCGCAGCAUAGCAAUCAGUGCAGUGUCAACGCGCUUCCACGUACAAGCAACGCCCGUCGGAAAUGCUGCCACGAGCUCUGCUGGUGCGAUCGCGCCACUGUAGUGGCUGCCUUCGAGCCAGUACCUCUGCACCGGGCUCACACGACGUCGAGAGCGACACGUCCAAGAGCCAGGAGCGUUUCGGCAAGCACGAAGCGAGCGAGGUCGCCUUCAGCCCGACUCGGCUCGAGGACAUCACGCACAACUACGCGAGGGCCAGUGACGACGAGGCCGCCUCCGUACCCGCAGAGCACGUUGGCGAAAAUGCGGAUGCCUACAGCUGCGGCAGUAACGUGAGCCUCUACGCACACAUGCAGAGCAACGUGCCGGAGCCUUUCGAGGCCGAGUCGCCCGAAGCACCGACCAGCCUCAACAUGCCCGGAGGCGGCGGACAAUCUACGUCGUACAUGUAUCUCUCUGGAAAACGAAGCUCCGCAAAAUAGGCAUAGGCCGUACUGUCGCGCAUGCGUUGAUGUGACCAGAUUGCACUUACCUCAAUACAGUCCUUCGUUUUGUGGGUGUGAUAGUAAUAAAACACGUUGACGUUGCGAA